CUUGGUCAGCUCCGCCUGCUCGCAGCGUUCUCAGGUGCAAGCUUGCGCUUGGGACGUUCGGAGGAUGCACAAUGGCCCCUCGGGGCAUUGAGGGGCUGUGGUCCCCCAGCCGGACCUACCGCAGCCACGCCCAGCAGCCGGCGCUCCCGGGUCCGAAGGCAGCACUGCCUCCCGCGUCGGCGGGAGCCCCGGUCUGACCCGCGGGGACUUGCCCACAACCGGCGUCCCAAUGGGCCUGUGCUACAGCCUGCGGCCGCUGCUCUUUGGGAGCUCGGGGGACACCCCCUGUGCGGCUUCGGAGCCGUGCGCGGAGGAUGCUCAGCCCAGCGCCACUCCUGUCCCUGCCCAGAUCCCAGCCCCGGCUCCGGUGGGGACCCUGCUCCGGCGUGGCGGCGGCCGGAUCUCCGCGAACGCGCGGCCGCCAGGCGAGCUGCAGAGCCGCCGGCGACAGGAGCAGCUACGAGCCGAGGAACGGGAAGCGGCUAAAGAGGCCAGGAAAGUGAGCCGGGGCAUCGAUCGCAUGCUGCGCGAGCAGAAGCGCGACCUGCAGCAGACGCACCGGCUCCUGCUGUUGGGGGCUGGUGAGUCCGGGAAAAGCACUAUCGUCAAACAGAUGAGGAUCCUGCACGUCAACGGCUUCAACCCCGAGGAAAAGAAGCAGAAAAUUCUGGACAUCAGGAAAAAUGUCAAAGAUGCUAUCGUGACAAUCGUUUCGGCAAUGAGUACGAUCAUACCUCCAGUUCCACUGGCCAACCCUGAGAACCAGUUUCGGUCAGAUUAUAUCAAGAGCAUAGCCCCUAUCACUGACUUUGAAUAUUCCCAGGAGUUCUUUGACCAUGUGAAGAAGCUGUGGGACGAUGAGGGAGUGAAGGCUUGCUUUGAGAGAUCCAACGAGUACCAGCUGAUCGACUGUGCACAAUACUUCCUGGAAAGGAUUGACAGCGUCAGUCUGGUUGACUACACGCCCACAGACCAGGACCUGCUCAGAUGCAGAGUGCUGACAUCAGGAAUCUUUGAGACACGAUUCCAAGUGGACAAAGUGAACUUUCACAUGUUUGAUGUUGGAGGCCAGCGAGACGAGAGAAGAAAAUGGAUCCAGUGUUUUAAUGAUGUCACUGCCAUCAUUUAUGUGGCAGCCUGCAGUAGCUACAACAUGGUGAUCCGGGAAGAUAACAACACCAACAGACUUCGGGAAUCCCUGGACCUGUUUGAAAGCAUCUGGAAUAACAGGUGGUUACGAACCAUUUCUAUCAUCCUGUUCUUGAACAAACAAGAUAUGCUGGCAGAAAAAGUCUUGGCAGGGAAGUCAAAAAUCGAAGACUACUUCCCGGAGUAUGCCAACUAUACUGUCCCUGAAGACGCAACACCAGAUGCGGGAGAAGAUCCCAAAGUUACAAGAGCCAAGUUCUUUAUCCGGGAUCUGUUCUUGAGGAUCAGCACAGCCACGGGUGAUGGCAAACAUUACUGCUACCCUCACUUCACCUGCGCCGUGGACACAGAGAACAUCCGCAGAGUGUUCAACGAUUGUCGUGACAUCAUCCAGAGGAUGCACCUCAAGCAGUACGAACUCUUGUGAGGGCUGCCUACCGAUCCCCCUCCUCCUCACUGCCACCUCUCCUCCCUCUUGACUACCCCUUGAGGUGGUGUAUCUCCCUAGCCUGCGUGUUUGUCCACCCUGAGCCAUGGUAGGGCGUAAUGAGUGUCUAGUGUCAUCAGGCUGCCGUCUGUCCUGUCCUAGGUAUGCCUACAUGUGACCACCAAGCCUUUGGCUACCUCUGUUCCCCAAGGUUUGGUUCUGUAACUUUGUUUUCACCAGACUAAACAGCCUCCCACCACCAAUUUGUAUCACUGCAAAGCCACCAAUUCUCACUUGGGUGAUACGGCAGUGGGUUUUCUCUGGGUGGGAAUCUGUUUAUUCUUUGACUGAAUGGUUGAUGGGUUGAAUCAUCAGAGACACCUUGGUGAAUGGGGGAAAUACAUUGUUUUCAAGUUAUCAAGCAUGAUCACAAAACCAUCCGGACAGUGCCAUGCGCUUGAUUUUUUUCCCUUUAUAAAAUGUCAGGCUACCAGGUGUCUGCCCCUUCUGGUCUGCAUUGGCCCAAAGCUUAAAGUAGACGCAAGUCAGCAACAGGACAAGAGGAACUUUUUCAGCCACAGUUGCAAUAGCUGUAAGCCUUGGGCAUUUGGGCUAGAGCACUUCUUGGAGCCUUUUACACUUGGGCAGAAGACCUGCCCCAUUCACCACUGCAAAUGGUGUCCUGUCUAUAAACAAGGGGUCCUCUACACCUUCAUGAUAGCUGGGCAUAGUCCUUCCUAUCUUCUUUCUGUUGUUGCUUCACUAGACUGUACAGACCACAAGAUGUAAUACUCUUUUCUAUGGCUACUCAAGAAACCUCCUUGUAGAGUUCUGUGCCUUGGUGGCGGCCACACCUGUAAGGACACAUGUCCCAACUGUGCCCAGCAGCUUGCACACAGCCUGCUGCUUCACCGUGGCGAAUCAGUAGUAUCUGUUCACCUUAGGAUACAUUUAUCAGGUUGGUACUUCUGGAAGACUCGCUGAUUUUAGAAUCAUGCACUUUACCAGCAGUAAACUGCUGCUGGUAUCAUCCCAACACUGAAACUAUUGCAGCUACCCACUUUUACUGCCCCAAACCUCAGCUGCUGCAAACACUGGGAUGACCCACUUCUGAGGCAUACAUUACAAUCAAUUCUUUCUUCAGGGUACUAAGGGGUUCCCCACCCUAAAAUGUUUCUCAUGACCCCUACAAGUUCUGUAGGCAGGAGCAAGCCAACCAUCCCUUAGUUAAGUUCUCUACAGUCCACCAAACAAGAAACCAGUGGUCAGAGGAAAGCAUAGUGGUGUCAAUGUUGCAUAUGACUGACGACAAUAAGGAUGGCGUCUUCUGAAGAUGAAGUACUACAAAGCUACUUAUCUCUUAUCUGUCUAUCUGCGUUGCUAGGGAUGAGCCCAGCACCUAGUGCAUGCUAGGCAAGCAAACGCUCUACUGCCAGUCCAUAUCCCCAGCCAUCACUCCAGCCCUCACAAAAACCUUUAUCUUAAAUAUAAAGACAAAAUAAAUGGCUGUUCCUCAUGUGUAAGAUCUGCAAAUGCAACCUCGAGUGACGGUAGGACACCUAGAAAACAACACGCUCACUCUGUCUAAGCCCGAGGCCUUGGGGAGGGGCAGUGUCAUUCUCUUAGGAUUAAAGUUAUCUGUAAAGAUGUCCAAAGUUAAGUUCCUGACAGUACAAAUAGGAAGGAGUGACAGCCUGCAUUGCUCAUUCAUCUCCUUACUGUUGCUUCAAGUUUAUUCCGUAAACUGGCAUUGUAGAAAUGCUCUAAAAACUCAUCCUGGCUGAGAUGCUCUUCCAUGGAAGGGUACCACACAUUCCUCAGCUCCUCAUCACUGUCUUCUUGUGCUACUCUGUAACUUUGCACAAAACUUCCAACUGAAGCCAGGCGAUGAGGGCACACACCUUUAGUCUCAGCACUCGGGAAACAGAGGAAGGCAGAUCUCUGAGUUCAAGGCCAGCCUGGUCUACAGAGUGAGUACCAGGACAACCAGGGCUGCACAGAGAAACCCUGUCUCGAACAAAACAAGUUUCCAUCUGAACUGACACAUUAAAUAACAGUGACUUCCAGUUCCCCUGCACUCUCAAAGCAAAGCAAGAAGAAAAACUUGCACGCACACACACACACACACACACACACAUGUGAGGUUUUAUCCUAUAGUGUGCAUUACUACUCAACAGUCCCCUGCUCACUAAAUGACUAUUGAAAAGUUUUGAUGGGGCUGAAUGUGUAACUCUGAUGGAGCACACGCUUAGCAUGCAUAAGACCUGAGCUCAAUCAAAAGAAAAGAAAUAUAAAUAAAAUUAAAUCAUUAAGAAAAGAUCCAGACUCCUUAAGAAAAAGAAUGUGCUUUAUCUGACAGAAUUAUUACACCAUUUGUUCUUAAAUUCAAACAUCUAUAUCCUCCCUGAUCUUUUUUUUCAAGUUUUAAUCAUGAACAGGCAUUGAGUUCAGAUGCGAUAACAUGGUCUCCUGGAAAGAAAAUUACAUGUCUCUAAAAAUCCGAUUCCAUGAGCACAGAAACACGAAAAGUCUUUAGUCCUACACAUUGAAUCUGUACUUUUGAGCAUAUAACUUCAUGAUCUAUAAGAAACUGAGAGCCACUUCAUAGAAGAAGAGAGAAAACCCAGCUUUUACGAGCACACAUAGUCUCGACUGUGCACCAAAGCUGCUGGGUCCUUCCUAUAGAAGAAAGGGCUGUGUGUCACGCAUGCGAGUGAUAGUGUCCAUGACAUUUACAUUCUAUACAGAUGGAACCUUUGAUUAUACAUAUAUUUCAUGAAAUGAAAAGAUGAAUUGGUUGCAGAGUACACAUUCCAUUUUUAUAGGAUGAGAACAGUACAGUCAACUGUUUAUACUGCAGUCGCUGGCAUUGGUGAUUCAGAAUCCCCAUGAUGUUCAUAGGAACAACCAACAUUUGCUCUCCUCCUUAACUCACAGGAGCCCCGCUGGAAGUCUUUGGCUUUGAUUUAUAUGACCAUAUGCAACAAUUGCCGGCCCUUCAUCUUCUCAUGUGCAACCUGCACAGUUUCCAACCAAACAGAAAAGAUGAGGGCAGAUGUUCAAAGUGAACUAAGAUGACAAUCGUGAGGAAGGCAGCCGCUGCCCCGUACGUGGUCAGCACCGUGUCCUCAAACGGGAGGAAGCACUUGGAGAGAGCGUAAUCUCUAGAUGUUAGGCUGCCCUGGGGGAGAAAUAGAAAGUUUAUGCUGCAGGGUAAGUCCCAGGUAUAAGUCUGACCUAGAGGCUGUCUUCUAGGUUCCCUCAUGUGUGUCUGGGAGGGAAGAACCCUCUUUACCCAGGACCAAGAGGCUUCAAGCAUGACAAAUCACCACUGAUCACACAGGAACUGGCAAAACAAAGAAGCCAAAGAUACACUGGCUUGGGAAGAAGGUCCAGUAUGCUGACCCCUCCAUUACAAUACUUUCUGCACACAGUAGGGCAGCCCCAGAGAGAGACGAAGACGUGUCAGAGGAAUGAGAGGAUGAGUGUUUCCCUGCCAUUGGAUAGCAGAGCAGUCACCCUGUUGCCCAGAAAUGCCUCUGCACCUCCAUAGGCUUUCCAUUGUAGGCAGUGUGGGAUCAAGGUAGCAAAUGCCUUUACCUACUUGAACUUGAAAGCACAAAGGGCCCCCACCUUUCCAUAGCUAGGAUUUGGAACAGUAGCCUAAGACUGGGUGCCAGAGCCCAUGGUAACAAAGAUGGCGUCCACCACGUCAACACCUUUCACAAACUUGGAGAUUCUGUAGUACCGUGUACCUGGCACGCUUAGACAAUGAGAAAUGACCAAGUCUGCCAAUGAGUAGACAACUGUUUCCUUAGAAACAAACUGGCAUUUGCUGGACUCCACCUCUGCUCCUCAGAGUCUCAGCCCUGAAGCUACAUUCUGCCUAUUUGUCCCCAGAAAGGUGAUUAGAGACAGGUGGUAUAUCUACUCAGAGUACAAAGAGGGUGAUUUAUUUCUGGCUUUUGUGUGUUUUUACAGAUUGCAGCCAUUAAGUAGUUGAUGACUGUGUUGAUUUCAAUACUCAAGAAAGCUUUCAGAUAAAAAAAAAAAAAUAAAGGUUUACGUUACCAUAAUGAA